AUGACUAUAUUGCCACAAAAGAAGAAAAUAGAGUUACUUAACAAGGUUCGUAGGAUAGAAAGAAAGAAGUCUUGCUCGAUUCGAGAAUUUGCCCAAUUCAUAGGACUAUUAGUGGCAAGCUGCCCAGGUGUCGAUUACGGUAUGAUACACACCAAAUCGUUAGAAGUAGCAAAAUUACAAGCGCUUGAAGAAAAUGAGGGUAACUUCGAAAAAACUAUGAAAAUUCCUAAAUCAAUUAAGGGCGAUUUAGGUUGGUGGAAAAGGAAGUUGGAGUCUUCGUACAAGAAAAUCAAAUCAAUGUGUUUCGAAAGAGAGAUUUUCUCAGACGCUAGUAAAACGGGCUGGGGAGCUUACUGUAGUGGUAAACAAGCUUAUGGGCACUGGACUUCCAAACAAUCAGAUCUACACAUAAACCAGCUGGAGUUAAAAGCUGCUCUACUAGCACUGAAAUGUUUUGCUAACGACCUUUCGGAUUGCGAAAUCCUGCUCAGGGUAGACAACACGACAGCGAUGGCUUACAUUAAUAAAAUGGGUGGAGUGAGAGUAGAUUAUUUACACAAAGAUGCGGAGAAACUCUGGAAUUGGUGUGAAGAGCGACGGCUGUGGGUAUUUGCCGAAUACAUUUCUUCUAAGGAAAAUAAAGAAGCUGACGCGUUGUCUAGAAUACAAAAUAUAGACACCGAAUGGGAACUGGCGGAUUACGCCUUUCAUCAGAUUCGAAAAACAUUUGGAGAACCGGAGAUCGAUCUGUUUGCCUCAAAAACUAACAAAAAGUGUAGGAUUUAUUCCUCAUGGGAGAGAGACCCUGACGCAAUUGUCGUCAAUGCUUUCACACUCUCAUGGUCAAACUUAAACUUUUACGCAUUCCCACCUUUCAGCAUAAUUGCCAAGGUGCUUCAUAAAAUUAAAGUCGAGAAAGCUUCCGGUAUCGUAGUGGUACCUCGCUGGACUAGUCAGAUAUGGUUUCCAGUAUUUAUGAAAUUGGUCAAAGGACCGUAUUUAGAAUUUCAUCCAAAUGUCAAUCUCUCACCUUGCAGAACACGGUAUCAUUCAUUAGCGUCCAAGCUUACCCUGGUUGCCGCCAGGUUAUCAGCGAAGCCUUGA